AUGCUGACUUUCAAUGUUCUACUCUCCGUUUUUAUUUACGUGAACACCGUCCAUGCUGCUUCCUCGGGCUUCCGUAUCUCCACUUCUGCCGCAGGACAUGUCGCCACCUCCGCCACCUCCAUGGGCGAUGUAGUCUCCACCAACGAUAACGACCAGUACACCGUCAACAUUACUCUUGGCGGUGAAGCCUUCGUUGUCCAACUCGAUACCGGAUCAAGCGACCUCUGGUUGAACAUCACCGGGCGCACCCUGCAGUUCACCAAUACAACCGAUCUCAACAUCACCGAGGGUUAUGGGAAGGGCAGCGUAUCGGGCUGGCUUUCGUUUGCCGAUAUGACUAUCGGCGACUUCUCCGUUCCCAACCAAGCUUUCGUCAAUGUCGUCGAUAUCAAGGACAUGCCUAUGACCAGUUUCGACGGCAUCCUUGGCAUGGCUUUCGACGCUUCAGUCAUUUACUCUGUCGUGCAGGAAAACUGGGGCACGGAAGCGGCCAACGCUCUCGCGCGCUCGCCGAUUACCAACCUCUUUGCGCUAGACCCUACGACCCCCAACUUCUUCGACGUGCAGCUCGCGCGGGCAAUGUCCCCCGAUUCUAACAACGUUGCCGAAGGUGUAUUCCUGAUCUCCGAACACGACGAUGCCUUCCAGAACAUCACGUCAGCUCCGAUGCUCCGAAGCCUAACUUCUCAGCACUGGAGUCUUGCCAUGGACAGCAUGACGGCCAAUGGCACUCCGUUCGCUUUCAACGCCUCGCGAGUGCCUGGAGUCCCCACAGGGAAGGUCGCUGCAGUGCUCGACACUGGCUUCUCCCUCCCGCAAAUACCGAUUGCUGCUGUGAACGCGAUCUACGAGUCUGUCCCGGGCGCGGUUUACUCCGAACCCUAUUGGGUAGUGCCUUGUGACGCGGCGCCGACCGUGGUGUUCACUUUUGGCGGCCAAGACAUCCCGGUGCACCCGCUCGACCUAACGUUCACCCAGGUCCUUACCCUCCCCUCUGGAAACACCACGGGAUGCUUAGGCUCAUUCCAAGCACUGACCCUCGACCCCACUGAGUUCGUUGGCUUCGACCUCCUCCUAGGGGACGCUUUCCUCCGCAACGUAUACGCCUCGUUCAACUACGGCGACUACCAACCGAACACGCCCUUCGACGGCCAGGGCCCCUUCGUCCAGCUCCUCCCCACCACCGAUGCCUCCACGAUGCAAGCCGAGUUCGUCGCGAACCGCACCGCCGCCCUCGCGCUGCUCCCGCCCACCCUCGACCCCGCGACGCUCGUCAAGCUCGCCGACUCGUCCGACACCCCUGCCUCCUCAUCCGCCUCCUCCCCCGACGCCUCCUCCGCCUCCGUCGCCGGCGCCCUCGACGAGUCCACCUCGUCCUCGUCAGGGAGCACCGACAGCUGGGGCAAGAAAUACGGCACGCCCGCGCUCGCGCUCCUCGGCGCGAACCUGGCCGUCGGCGUCGUCCUCCUCGGCCUCACAAUCACGAUGUGCAUGCGCUCGCACAGCCAGAGCGCGCGGGACCGGUACGCGCCCGUCGGCGCCCGUCCGUUCAAGAUGCAGCAGGGUGACGAGGAGGAGCGGACGCAGCUGCGGUACAACGACUGA